AUGGGUUUCACGGAUCUGACUGAGAUUGAGCUGCCGGCGGCGUUCGACGCUCAUGUGCACUUGCGGGAUGGAGAGAUGUCGCAGCUCGUCACCCCCACUAUCCGCGGGGGAGGUGUGAAUCAGGUAUACGUUAUGCCUAACCUCGUCCCGCCCGUUACAUCAGUCCAAGCAGCUCUCGAGUACCGCGAGCGCCUGCGCGCCAUCGAGCCCAAUGUCGACUACCUCAUGUCUCUGUACCUGCAUGAGGAUAUCACGCCUGAGGUGAUCCGCGAAGCAAAGAAGGCUGGCAUCACCGGCGUCAAGUCGUACCCGGCGGGCGUCACAACGAACUCAUCCUCGGGCGUUCUAUCGUACGAGCCGUUUUACCCCGUGUUCGCGGAAAUGGAGAAGCAGAACAUGAUCCUCAACCUGCACGGCGAAGUCCCCAGCACGCCGGCAAACACGCACGUGUCCGCGACCGGGAGCAGCGCCAUCACCGUCCUCAACGCCGAGCCCGCGUUUCUGCCGACAUUCAAGGGGCUGCACGCCAAGUUCCCCAAUCUGCGCAUCAUUCUGGAGCACUGCAGCACCGCGGCUGCGCUGGAUGCUGUGCGCGCGUGCGGGCCCAGCGUCGGCGGCACCAUCACUGCACACCAUCUCAGUCUCGUGAUUGACGAUUGGGCCGGCGACCCAUUCUGCUUCUGCAAGCCGGUUGCUAAGACGCCCGAGGAUCGGGAUGCACUGCUCAAGGCUGUUGUGAGCAGCAGCGGGCGUUUCUUUUUGGGAACAGACUCAGCCCCGCACCCCAGCACUAAGAAGAGGGGCGAGGACAAGGUCGCUGCUGGUGUGUUCACUCAGCCAUACGCGCUGGGAUAUGUUUUGGAUGCGCUGAAGACGGGUAUUGAGCGUGGUGUUGUUGAGGAAGAGGAUGUUACUCAAGAAGCGCUGGAGGGUUUCUUUGGAGCGUACGGGCGCAAAUUUUACCAGGUCAAGGACGAAAGGAAUGAGAGGAUUGUGCUGAAUAAGGGCGCAGAGAAGAUCGUUGACAUCCUGAAGAAGGAUGGUGUCAGUGUUGAAGUUGUUCCAUUCAGGAAGGGCGAGCAGACAUGGAGCGCUGAGUGGAAGUAA